UAAUCUGAGGACCGUGCGAACAGUCCGAAAAAUAAAGAUGGAUUUUGCUCCAUAUCGUCAGGGAUCAGGACUCAGAAUGUCAGAAAGGGGUAUCUCUAGAUCUCUCACUUCACUGGGUAAUGAAAUGGAUGUUGGUGCACAUCGGAACCCAGCUUAUGAAGACGAUUCUUGUGACUCCAUAGAAUCAUUUCCACACUCUACAGAAAGUGAAACAUCUGAUGAGAAAUACGACGAGCAUUAUGAGAAUCAGAAAGCAGAGAACAUUCCCAUUCAAAGAACACCACUACCAGAGGAUUUUUCAGUCCAGAAUUCCCAGUUUUCGCACAGAUCGACAGCCAAAAUGUGGGAUGUAUUUCAAGUUUCAUCAGAAGAUAAUGUGUCGGGUUCGGAAUUAGCCUGCUGGAAUGCAUGCUUUUACGUUACCAGGAUUGCUCUUUGCAUUGUGCUAUUCACCCUCGUAUUCAUGUCAUCUGUUAUUUCAAAAUUUACAUUUCUUGUAAUGACUGCUAAUAUAUUCCCUGCAACUAAUGCAACUAGACUGAAAAGUUUAGGUGGAACUCUGUCAUACUCAAGCAAAUUCACCGACAUCAACUGGAUAUGGGGGAUGUUAAUCACAAUCUCUGCACCGUACCUUUUCACAGUGUUUAAGUAUACCUGGGUUCUACUCUUUAAAAAUACAUGGUCUCUCCAUUGGAAUACUCUCUUGGUGGCGUUUUUCACUGAAACACUGCAUUCGAUUGGACUAUGUACUUUUACACUGGUGGUGUUACCGAGCUUUGACCCAAUCACAGCAUGCAUCCUAUGUUUCAGUAUAUCUAUGAUUCCAGGAAUUCUCAAAAUUAUUUUUCCUUCGAGAGACCCCCAAAACAAUAAAAAGCUAUUAAAAAGGGUCUCCACUGCCCAAGUUGCUAUCAACACAUUAGCUGCUUUGUGUCAGUUAGGUUCCAUAGGACUAUGGAGUUACUAUGUUUUUCUGUCCAACACUAACAACUCUAUUAUUUUGAUCAUUCUGGUUAUUCUUUCCCCGAUUUUAAUAUCUAUUUCAUGGUGGGAAAAUUUUGUUUCACAGCCGGAGUCAGAUAAAAUCAGUAAAAUUAAUUCAAAUUCAGCAGAAACAAAUGCACAGUUUUCUUUUCCCAUUUUUCAAAAGAAUAUGAGAAAAGAAAGAGUAAGAAUUGGGAUCAUCACAAAUUUAUGGAAGAUAAUUUUAACCCUAAUAAUAAUGCCAAGUGUCUUGUUUGGGGGCAGCUGCAAGGACGGAGAGGCUUGUAUUAGAACGAUUUUCUUUGAACCAACAGGAAAAGCUGAAAUUAUACGUAUAGCCUCCACAAAUCUCACCAUUAAUGGACAAUAUGGAGACAGAUGUGUAUCGUACCUACCAUAUAUAGUAUCUUUAGUAAACGUUAUAUCUAGCAUUAUCUGCUACAAAUGUGUAAAGGCAGCAAGUAAAAUUCUGGCCCAGAAACUCUGUUUUGCUCUGCCAAUCGUCCUCUCUACCCCAGCUGUUUUUGGCUUAUUUUUCGGAAUAUACUCUCAUACCCUAAAUCCUGAAAUCCCUGCUUCAGAAACGUGGACAAUUGGAACAUGCAUUUUUCCACUACCAUAUGGUUCAAAUAACAAUGUCGAUCCAUCGAUUCUCUUUAAGCUUAUUGAAUUUUACUGGCCUGCACUUGUCGCAGGAAUUUUGGGAUUUUUAUCCUUUCUGGUAAUUUCUAAUCACAUCUGGGCGCCAAACAAGGAGCGAUUGAUUCCAACAGAUCGUCUAUUUGUUCGUGCAUUGUACUGUGGUGCAUUCCUAGAUCAGGCUUUAUUUCUAAACCGUAGGAGGAUUGACAAAGAAUUAAAGAUUGAAAAACACAAAGAAACCAAGGAAGUUCCACUCCCUGACAACAAUGAUGAUAAUGCUGAAGAAAAGAAUUGGUCAAUUCUCCGAGAAGAUGAUACGCCAAUGAUCUAUAUGUGUGCAACAAUGUGGCACGAAUCGGAAACUGAGAUGGUGCAGAUACUUAAGUCCAUUUUCAGACAAGACAUUGAUCAAUGUGCAAGAACAAAUGUGCAGACAGGAUUAGGAAUUAAGGAUCCAGAUUACUAUGAAUUUGAAGCUCAUAUUUUCUUCGACGAUGCUUUUGAAUCACGUGUGGAUAGCAAAGGACGAUACAAAGUCAACAGCUACGUGAAACAACUGAUCAAUUCCAUACAUAUAUCAGCUCGAUCUGUAUACGGAAGGCAACAAACAAUUCCUCCACCGAGUUGUACUGAGACCCCCUACGGAGGGCGUUUAGAAUGGAAUCUUCCGGGUGGAAACAACCUCAUUGCCCAUCUCAAGGACAAAACUAAAAUACGUCACAGAAAAAGAUGGAGUCAGGUGAUGUAUAUGUAUUACUUUUUGGCUUAUAAAUUGAUGAAAAUUCCGAAAAAGACGAGGAGACAAAAAAGGACAAUUGCAGAAAACACGUUUCUUCUGGCCUUAGAUGGUGACGUGGACUUCCAACCCAAAGCUGUUCAGCUCCUUGUGGAUAGAAUGCGAAAGAAUCCAGACGUUGGUGCAGCUUGUGGUCGAAUCCAUCCAAUAGGAACAGGUCCUAUGGUAUGGUACCAGAAAUUCGAGUAUGCAGUCAGUCAUUGGCUUCAGAAAGCAGCAGAGAACGUUUUAGGAUGUGUACUUUGUAGCCCAGGCUGUUUCAGUCUGUUUCGUGGUUCUUCCCUCAUGGACGACAAUGUCAUGGCACGAUAUACAACACGUCCAACAGAACCACAUCACUAUGUUCAGUAUGAUCAAGGAGAAGACCGAUGGCUAUGCACUUUAUUACUACAGCAAGGAUACAGAGUGGAGUAUGUUGCUGCCAGUGAUGCGUUAACAUAUGCACCAGAAACUUUCAAUGAAUUUUACAACCAGCGCAGGAGAUGGUCUCCCUCAACGAUGGCAAAUGUAUUGGAUCUUCUUAUGGAUUGGAAAAACGUUACAAGAAAAAAUGAAGACAUUUCUAAGUUAUAUAUACUGUAUCAGAUGUUUUUGAUGAUUUGCUCCAUUUUAACUCCUGGAACAAUUUUUCUGAUGAUUCUCGGAGCAAUAAGUAUGGCAUUUCCUGCUAUACCACCAGUUGCCGGGAUGAUUAUCAAUCUUGUACCUGUUACUGGAAUGGUUAUACUGUGUUUUACUGCAAAACCGAACUUCCAGCUAGCCUAUGCGGCUGUUGUUUCGACCAUCUAUUCUUUGCUUAUGAUGGUGGUCUUGGUCGGACUGUUAGUGGAGGCCGCCACAGCUGGGUUCUGUUCUGUCACAACCCUGUUUCUUUUAUUCGUCGUCGGUGUCUUCCUUGUUUCAGCCAUAGUUCAUCCUCAGGAAUUUUAUUGUGUCCUUCAUGGAUUCAUUUAUUUCCUAUCCAUUCCGUCCAUGUCGAUGCUGCUAAUGAUCUACUCCCUCGGCAACCUUCAUGUGGUGUCCUGGGGAACAAGAGAAACCAAGGAAACACAGCCACAACAGACACCCACAAAAGUCAUCUUACAGGAUAGCAAAACAAAAUCCCAAACUCUUGUGGAAACCCUUGGCUUUGGAAUAAAUGGCGGAAAAUCUGAUUAUCUUUUUUCAUGUGGAAAAUUCAUCAGAUGCUGCCCAACUAAGAAGCCAAAUGAAAGAUUAUUCCAAGUCUUACUUGACAGACUUGACGACAUAGAAGCUCAGAUCUCUAAAGAUUCACGGGAGCCCGAACAAGAAAGUUUAGGAAAUCUAGAGUCUGCGGAGGAACUUCAUUUCACGAAACAGAAUGUUAUGAUAGACGGAGCUGUCGUUAGAGACAAUCCCAUGUUUAAUGAUGAAGGAGAAUUCAAAAACAAAGAGGCAACGGAUUCUUGGAUAAGUGACGAAGAUUUGAAAGCAUGUGCGAGAAAAUCUCUUGAAACGGAUGAAAUGGCAUUUUGGCAAGAAUUUAUACCAAAAUAUCUACAACCACUAGCCCAAGAUAAAGAACACGAGAAACAGAUGCAACAUGGUCUCAUCGAAUUAAGAAACAAAGUUUGUCUCGGAUUUCUAUUGAUGAAUGCCCUUUUCGUGACAAUUGUUUACGUCCUUACGGAGGUCAACGCCACUACUAACCAAACACUCUCCAUCAAACUUCCUUGUACUGUAGAGGGAGGACGACCGGGCCGAGGCUAUAUUGAACCGAUAUCAUUUGCUUUUACAGCUAUAUUUGGAAUCAUGUUAUUCUUACAGUUCAUCUGUAUGCUUAUGCAUCGUAUGUCUACAUUCAUCCAUAUCGCUGCCUCUACACAAUUUAACUUGAGUAAGAAAUUACAGGAUUGGUUUUAUCCAAAAGAACAGGGUUCCACAGAUAUCGGUGUAGAAGAAGGAUUGGAAGUUGUAAAACAACUUCAGGCUGUUAAGGAAGAUGACACAAUAUCUAUUGCGUCCCAAGAAACAACUUUUAGCGAGGACUCUUAUACACGUUCCGGAAAUAAAACCAGAGAGAUGUGGAAAAGAUACACUAGAAGAUUGCGAGAAAGGACCAGCAAACAACCGCAAGAACUACGAGUAAAUUUUGCAGAAAAUCUUGAUAAAUUUACAAAAGCCUUACAAGAAGGAGAUGAUGCAAGUACGAAAGGUAUACACGAAGAAAGUAAUUCUAAUGUACAUGAUGAGAAAAUAUCCCAAGUUCAGAAACUUUUAAAGAAUAGGUUCAAUAGAAAGACGCUCCAUACAGUGAGAACAAUAGCCGAAAACCAAGCCCGUACACAAGAAAUUAAAAGAAGGGCUACAGCCUUAAACAAGAAGAAAAGAAUAGAAAGUCGAUGGAAUGAAAUUUACGAAAAAGGAAAACUUUACACAGAAAUUAAAAACCAAGGGCAACCCGGGAGGACAAGCAGGGUUGGAUUUGCUUCAGUCGCUACGGCUGCAGUGGCUCAAGAAAAUCGAAAACGUCUAGAAGAAAACGAAGAAAAAUUAAUGGACACAAUUACUGAGGAUGAUGACUCAGUAGUCCCAUCCGUGUUCCAUCAAGGUAAGACAGGCGUUAGUUUUGCGUCUGUUGCUAAAGCUGCUUUGACACAUAAAAAUGAAAAACAUCUAGAAGAGACACUGGAAGUAUCGAGAAAAAACACCGAGGUAGAGGAUAAUUUGAAAGAUACUCCAACAGAAAGAACAAGCAGAAUUGGGUUCGCCUCUAUUGCCAAAGUUGUAGUGGCCCAGGAAAAACAAAAACAUCUUGAAAAUACGGACCAUGAACAUGUUAAAGAUAUCUCUAUGAAAAGCGGCGAUACAAAUGCUGUUCCAUCCAUUGAGACAGGCAUAUUAGAUAAGGUCUCUGAAAAGACUAAGGAAAACUCUUUGGACGAUGAGGAGGAUUCUGAAGACGAAGUUAAUUCUAAUGAAGCUAUGUCAAGUAGUCAGCAAACUGAACAAGGAAAAAAUGUACCAAGUGCAGAAUCAUGUUAUCUUUAA